AUGGGUCUCUUUAGUAAGAAAGACAAAGCCGCCGCCAACGACGACGACAACCGCAAGGCCCUAUUCGGCUCCCGCAGCAACAAGUCCUCGCCCGCGCCCUCGAACCCCUACGCCGCCCCUCCCGGCAACGCCGACCCCUAUGCCCAGGCACCCCCGCCUUACAAUGGCGGCGGCGGCAUGAGUGACCGCGCCCGCAUGGACAAAUCCCCGGUGCCUCCUGGGGGCUAUGGCGGCUCGGGCAGCUACGGCUCGCAGGGCGCCUACGGACAAGACCGCUUUGGCGGCGGCGGCGGAAGCAGCCAGCGCUCUGGUGGCUACGGCGGUAUGGGCGGCACAGUGAACAACGACGCGGGGCGCCAGGAGCUGUUUGGCAACGCGGCACAGCGGGCACAGCAGGCUCCGCAGCAACCGCCGCCGGGCGCGGGCGGAUACGGUGGCAGCUCCAACAACGACUACGGCGCCUAUGCCGACCGCCAGCUUACGGCGGAGGAGGAAGAGGAGGAGGACGUCCAGGCCGCGAAGCAGCAGAUCCGCUUCAUGAAGAAGCAGGACGUCUCUUCGACGCGGAAUGCGCUGCGGCUGGCGGCGCAGGCCGAGGAGACUGGCCGCGACACGCUGAACCGUCUGGGCGCUCAGGGCGAGAGGAUCCACAACACGGAGAAGAACCUCGACCUCUCGGAGAACCAGAACCGGCUGGCGGAGGAGAAGGCGCGCGAGCUCAAGACGCUCAACAAGUCCAUGUUUGCCAUGCACGUGUCGAACCCGUUCACGGCCUCGCGGCGGCGGGCGGAGCGGGACGAGCAGAUCAUGGACACGCACCACAAAGAGCGACAGCAGCGCGAAGACACACGGGCCGCCGCGUUCGCGACGUCGCAGCGGCAGCAGCAGUUCUCGCGCGACCUGCGCCCGGGCGGCGGCGCAGGCAACACCAAGGCAUCCCUGGCUGAGCGCUCAAAGUUCCAGUUCGAGGCCGACUCCGAGGACGACGAGAUGGAGAACGAGAUCGACGCCAACUUGGACGCGCUGCACGGCGCUGCGGGCCGGCUGAAGGGCUUGGCUGGCGCGAUGGGCAAGGAGGUCGAUGAACAGAAUAGACAUAUUGCUCGUAUUACGGAUAAGACGGAUAAGGUCGAUGACCAGAUUGCUAUGAAUAGGGCUAGGUUGGAGCGGAUUAGUAAGAGCUAG